GUGUGUGUGUGUGUGUGUGUGUGUGUGUGUGUGUAUGUGUGUGUGAACGCAACGCUAACCUUCCGCCUCCGCUAGCUUGACGGCUAUAACGAAGACCCCCUACAGCAGCGCAGACCGAAUCUUGGCGCUCCCACGCUGUGAAGCUUCAAAAUAGCGGCCUGCAAAAAAAACAAAAAAAAAACCAGUGGUUUUAGCGGAGUGGUGGAGGGGGAUGCUGCCUCGAAAGAGAAUUUAUCAGACAAGCAGACACUGUUGCCUCUAAUGCAUUCAAUUAGCCCGGUGCUGAAUGGGUCCCAUGUGACGCGCUCGUCUCUGGCAGGCCGCCGGCUGCAGCUGAAUUAGAUAAAUGAAUCCCAUCUUUCUGCCUCCUGCAGAAAACUUAUUUGUUUUGGUGCCGGUGAGAUUGGAACGCUCGCGUUCCCCCUUUGCAGAAUUGGUUAGGUGGGGAACUGAAACAUCGAAUUUAACUGGCCAAUUUAGUUGGUACGGCCCCCCCCCCCCCCAGACUGGUUAGUUCACUGGAUGGCAUAUCCCUGCUGAUUCUGUAGUCAUUGGAGGUUUUUUGGAAAACCUAAAACAUGAUGCCCCCCCCCCCACCUUUCUCUCCAAUUUAAAAUGUCUAAUGCCAUUUAUCACUCACUGCUGCAAUCUGCACUAUCAGUUUAAGAGAGAAGACCAGCAUGUGCUCUUCUCCAACGCAUGUUUUAAUCACACCACAGCUCACCAAUUGGGCUCACAUGGACAUGAGUCAGAGGAAGACACUUAAUGUGCAGCUCAACAGGAUGAUGUCCAACAAUGACAAUGGAGAACAAUUUGGAAAGAUACCCCCAGCGGUCAGGCCCCCAGCAGAUACCCCCAGCGGUCAGGCCCCCAACAGAUACCCCCAGCGGUCAGGCCCCCAGCAGAUACCCCCAGCGAGAGAGAGAGAGAGAGAGAGAGAGAGAGAGAGAGAGAGAGAGGAGAGAGACAGAGACGAGAAGAGAAGAGACAGA